UCGUUCCCUUCGUUUACACUCCUCCCUCCCACUGCUGAACUCAUUUUCAUUCCUGUUGGCUCCGUUCAAAGUAAGGCGUGCAUUUUCACUGGCGUCGUUGACACCAUGUGGACAUUUUUCUAUAUGUCUGAGUCGUGAGGGAUUUUGAGGGCGGCGUAUGGAGACAGUUGGAGGCGACAACUGGCGGAGACGCACGAGGAGCGCGCGAGCCUCCCGCAAACAACAAACCGGACCAAAGGCUGACGAGUCCAAUGUGCUCCGGAGUCUGAGCGUUGGCAAUACGGAAGACGGCCAUGACAUGGAGGAGGACGCUGGCCUCUCCAAGCAGGACAAUUUGGAGCGCAGGGUCAUGGCACCCCGCUACAACCUGCUGCGGGAGGUGGGACGGGGUACGUACGGCGUGGUGUACGAAGCGGUGGCCCGGAGGUCCGGGGCGAAAGUCGCCGUGAAGAAACUGCGAUGCGACGCGCCCGAAAACGUGGAGCUCGCCCUGCAGGAGUUCUGGGCGCUGGCGAGCCUGGAGAAACGGCAUCAGAACGUGGUGCAGCUGGAGGAGUGCGUGCUGCAGAGGAACGGUAUGGCUCAGAAAAUGAGUCACGGGAACAAGCGGUCCAAACAGUACCUGCGUCUGGUGGAGACUUCACUGAAAGGUGAGCGAGUGCUUGGUCCCCCAGAGGAGCCCUGUUACCUCUGGUUCAUCAUGGAGUUCUGCGAGGGCGGCGACCUCAACCAGUUCAUCCUAUCUCGGCGGCCCGACCAGGGGACCAACCACAGCUUCAUGCUCCAGCUGACCAGCGCCGUUGCUUUCCUGCACGAAAACAACAUAGUCCACAGAGACCUGAAACCCGACAACAUCCUCAUCUCGGAGAAGUCGGGCACGCCGGUUCUCAAGGUGGCCGACUUUGGCCUGAGUAAAGUCUGCGCUGGUUUAGGAAACCCCAACGGGGGCAAAGAGGGCGAAGACAAGAGCAAAAACAUUAACGUGAACAAGUUUUGGUUGUCGUCGGCGUGCGGCUCAGACUUCUUCAUGGCUCCCGAGGUGUGGGAGGGCCACUACACGGCCAAGGCCGACAUAUUUGCCCUGGGCAUCAUCAUCUGGGCCAUGUUGGAGAGAAUCACUUUCAUUGACGCCGAGUCUAAGAGGGAGCUGCUGGGUACUUACGUGAGACAAGGAGUGGACAUUGUGCCAGUGGGUGAGGCGCUGCUAGAGAAUCCGAAGAUGGUGCUCAACAUCCCACAGAAGCGCAGGUCGUGCAUGUCGGACGAAGUGAGGAAGCUGCUGCAGGACAUGCUCGCCGUCAACCCUCAGGACCGGCCCGACGCCAUCGAGCUGCAGGCCAGAAUGGACCAGGUCAAGAGCGCUGUAUGACCCUCUGCCAGAAUGUUUCACGGACCGGUGUUUCUACACGAGCUGCUACACGAGUGAGGGUCUCACUGAUUUGAUCCGAAGACUGUGAAGAAAAAGAAGAGGCAAAGGAAUCUCAUCGCUCCUGAAGUUUGGAAUCUGAAAUGGGAUUUUUUGUUUUCUUUUGAACACGUUUACAAUGAGUUCAUCUGCCAAUUCUGACAGAACGUUUGUCUUUCCCUGAAUAUUAUUAUUAUAAUAAAGCGAUAAACAUUUCGUCUGCUGCUCAGCAGGAAGCUUGAUUUAACUGAGGUAGCUAUGCCUCCGUCAAAGAAUAGAGGUCUGAAGAAAUUCCCAUUAGAAAACAUGAUGGCGACUCAGAUGAACAAACCUACAGUCAAGCUUAUGUGCAGCAGUGGUUUAUUGUGUGUUCAAAGGGGUGAUCAUCUCCAUGUGGAAGGCAAUCAUAUAAUAUUUCAUAAAAACACUGUGACAUCGGAUACACACUGCUACUGGAAACCUCAUGCUUCAUGUGGUGGAGUUUCUCUUAUUUGGUCUAGAACCUCAGUGAAGUCUGGGCCUUUAUGUGGAUGUUUUACUUUACUGACUAAUAGGAUUGUAUUCCCCAUGUUUACCUGUCUUGUGAUGGCUUAUUUCCCGUCAAAUGCCUGUCACAACAUAUGAACACAGUGCCAUACAUUGAAGUACACUACAUAGGAGUCAUGGUUAGUUUUAAGGACUAAGUGGGUGAUCUGUUUAAAAUCUUCUGUCAUGGUAUAUGUGUCUCUUAAAUUGCCAUACCAAGAUAAAUCAUAUAUAUAUGUGUAUAUAUAUAUAUAUAUGGUCUUUUUCCAUACAUUUUAUUUAGAGAAUUAAAGAGGAACUAAACCCCAGAGUUUUUGCGUAUGCUUCUAGCAUGGAAAUUAAAAAAAGUCUUGUUUCCAUAACCAGUGUAGCAUUAAAUUCACAGCAAAAAGGCCUUUUCUCUCUUUUCACGUGUUGAGCUAAUUCUAUAUUAUGUUAACAUUUUGAGUUUACAUGCAGGGCUGGGAUGUGUGUAUGCUAGCAAUUAGCAUUGGCGUUAACUAUGUGUUUGCUAGCGCUUCACAGGCUAACUUGCCGCUCUUCUCUUCUGCUUCUUUCUCCACUGUCUGUCUCCAUACACAUCACCUGCCUCCAGAUCAGCUAAAAGCGAAAUUAUAUUGCAAUAGUUGGAUUUCAAUCAAUAGAUGGCAGUCUAUGCAUAUGUAUGAUACAAUUUGUAGAAUUAAAAAUACUUGGUUGUAAAAUUUCAAAGAUUUGGACCUGAACCAACCAACACCACCAAUAAAUACCCAUAUACAUUGGUUUAGUUCCUCUUUAAAUACUAAAAACCCUGUGAAUUCAUCAUGAAGUAGUCCUGCUCAUUCAUAGCAUUGCCUGCAAAGUCCGGAAGCAUCCAAAGCUUUGACAUGACACUUGCAAACAAUAAUGAAGAACUUUAUGUCCAUUUUAUAAUAUCACAGUAAAAUUGUCAUGUCGCCCAGACCUUGUAGGAUGAUUCUUUAGCCUGCGUUAUGUUUUCCUACUUAUAUUCAUAUUACAUCACCUCAUAACUCUGCCACCUUUCCAAACAGUCCCUCCAUUUAGUGCUCAAAUACGCAUCUUCAGUGAAAGGCUGUUGGCAGACUGGGUUUCACUCUAGUAUUUUUGAGUUUUAGUGGUCAUGAUGGAUUAAUUAUUUGUUGACAUGAACGCAGAAGCUAUGAAUGUAAAUCCCAGGUCAAAUUAAUAUUCAGAGACAUUGGCGAUGUUCACAUGCCCAAACAUCACUUUAGCCCACUUUUUUGCCUUUGACCAGAAACCCAGUGUGGAGAGCAUGUUCUCUGACAGCCUGUCUUUUGAAUCAGACUUAAUGGACAUUUUGCUCCUUUAGGUUUUCCACUGUAGUCUCACUGUUUAGACCUAUGGUGCCUUGAAUUUGCUGGUCAGGUAAAAUUUGGCUCAAGAUCUGCUGCUGUAUUUUCCUUUGAUUUGGCACUCCAGGUUCAUUAUUCACAGUCUCGAUGAUUUAGUUCCUUCAUUGUUUUUGGUGAAAUAAGGGAUGAGGAAUGAUAAAUAUAAAUUUCCAAUAUUCCAAUGCAAUCAUUUGGAAUGAGAUUAUUUAAAUACAGUAUUUUAGAAUUGUAUGUUUUUUCUGUGGGCCAUUUAUUUGUUGAGUGAAAUCUCAUUUUAAAGGGACUUAAUGUUUGAACAGGUGCCUUCCAUGUUAAAGGAUCAAAGCUCCUCACGGGUUCCUAAUUGCGACAAAGAGGGAUUGUUUCUUGUUGAGAAACAUUCGCAACCUAAUAUAAAUGAGUCACAGGCCUUUGUGAGGUGCAAUAGUGCCUGUGGUUGAAAGAGUAAUGUGUGGUUGAAAGAUUAACAGCGUUUCGAAUCGUGUCGGUUUGUACGAUGAACCACAGUUGAAUAUUGUAACUUGGUUGAUAGUUUUGCCCUGAAACCAAAGGUCUGAAGUCUGUCACAUGUUGAACUCAACUGGGACCCUGAAUCAUGUUCUUUUUUGAUUGUACUACCUCAUGUUUCUGCACAUUUUCUUUACUGAGCCAUAGUUUUCUCAGCAAAGACAUUCCUCAGUUAGAGACGCUCUGGCAGGUUUAAAGGGACAGCUUCGUUUUUAAUGUCAUCACCUUGUGUGUGCGGUUGUCUUUGGAUUGUGAUAGCAUGGGUUUGGUAUACGUGCCACGGCUUUUGACUGCCGCCGGUUGCUUGACUUCUUUUUGUCUUUGCUGAUGCAUUGUGGGAAAUCGCUUUACAUUCAUACGGAUGUUUACACAACUUAAGCUAUUACACAGGCCGUGAUGUACUUACAUUUUUAAAGCCUCUAUGAUAAACGUACCUCAGUUGCCGGCUUUUGUUUCAUCGAUGUAUGAGUGUUUGAUUGUACGGGAUGGAAAUGAUAAUCUUUUGAGUGUAGAUGAGCUAAUGGUAGAGUGUUUUUAUUCUCAUUUCUGAGGAAUUGCUUUUGUUUUACUUUGAUUUAGAGGAAUGUACUUAAAAUAUCAAGAGAUUUGAGAAAACGCUCAAAAUCUUCCUUUCGAUGUCCCUGUAGCUGCUUCUGGAGGGUUUCCUGUGGUGUUGGAUCGAUGUACCUAGGUCACUUGUGUUACAUGCAACACUCUUCUAUGCAAGUCUGCCUCCCCGGAUACACAGAGGAACAAUUCAGGCCUGGCUGAUAUGGUUUUUAGUCCUCUGCUUCUCAUCCUGACUCUGACUGGAACUGUACCAUACAACUGGACCUGUUCAGAUGACUUGACCCUUUAUUUCAACAGAAUACCCAGUCCUUGGUUGUACAUGAUACUGAAGUCAUUUGCUUGAAUGAAAACCCUUUUGUUUUUUUAUUGCUUACUUUGUACAAAUCAGGGCUCUGUUUCAAUAAAGGUUGGAAAUA